AUGGCUCGACCAUCAACACGAUGGAGCUCUUGGCCCUCACUCUUCGCCAGCGUCCUUCUUGCCACCGGUGCCAUGGCCUCUGACAUACUCACAACGUCUGGUUUCACCGACUGCGGUUCCGAUUCUUCCAUCAAAGUCGACAAAGUUGAUAUUACGUACAACAACGCCAAUAAGACUGUCAUGUUUGAUGUCGCCGGCACCAGCACUAAGGAGCAAAACGUCACCGCUCAUCUCAAAGUCAGCGCCUACGGAAACCAGAUUUAUGAGCGUUCCUUUAAUCCCUGCGAUACCGCGACCUUUGUUCAGCAGCUCUGCCCUCUCCCCGCCGGUAGCUUUGCUGCUCGCGGCUCACAGCAAAUACCCGACGAGUUUGCCAAGAUGGUCCCUGGCAUUGCUUUUCAGGUCCCAGAUAUUGCUGCCAACGCCAAGCUCGAGCUCGAGUCUGCUGACACCAAGCAAAAGGUGGCCUGCAUCGAAUCCUCCGUCACCAAUGGCAAAACCGUCAACGUCCCUGCCGUCUCCUACGUCGCUGCUGGUGUUGCCGGUGUUGCCCUCCUCGCCAGCGGUAUCUCUGCUGCUGGUGCCGCACUCGGCAGCGGAGCUGGCGGCCCUGGUACAGGUACCGUCAGUCCCAGCUUUACUGAGACCUUUGGUUGGUUUCAGGGAAUGGCCAUGAACGGCAUGCUGUCCGUCUCCUACCCUCCUGUCUACCAAAGCUUCACCAAGAACUUUGGCUUUUCUGUCGGUUUGGUUCCCUGGACCGGCGCGCUUUCCGCCAUUGAUAGUCUCCGUGAAAGCACUGGAGGCAACCUCACGUACGACAAUGCCGAGUACGUUGCCAACGCCACCGCUGGUCAAGGCAGCAUGUUUCAUGCCAAGCGCGCCCUCGGUGCUAUUGCCACCAUUGCCCUCCGCGACAUUGAAACUUCCGUCAAUAGUACCGAGGCUACUAAAUCGCCCAGCAGUUUUCAGCAAACUGCCCAGGGCAUCGAAAAAUAUGCCCGACAGCUCGCCGUGCCCAAGUCUGAUAUCUUCAUGAUGGCUCUGCUCGUUGUUGCAAUCAUCAUUGCCAGCAUUGUUCUUGUUAUGGUCUUGGUCAAAGUCAUUCUCGAGGCCUGGGCUAUCUGGGGCACCUUUCCCGAGUCGCUCAAGGGUUUCCGCAAGCACUACUGGGGGUCCAUUGCUCGCACCAUUACCAACUUGAUACUGCUCCUCUACGGUAUCUGGGUUUUGUAUUGCGUCUUUCAAUUUUCCCGUGCCGACUCCUCCUGGGUUGCCAAGCUGCUUGCCGGUAUUACCCUCGCCAUCUUCUCAGGUGUCCUCGGCUUCUUCGCCUGGAAAAUCUACUCGACUGUGCAAAAGCUCAAGGCUGUCGAGGGUGACGCGAAAGGACUCUACGACGACAAGGAGCUUUGGACUAAGUACUCGCUCUUCUACGAUGCCUACAGCAAAGGCUACUGGUGGCUGUUUAUUCCUGUCAUUGUCUACAUGUUCGCCAAGGGUGCUUGUAUUGCUGCUGGUGAUGGUCAUGGCAUGCAGCAGACUAUUGCUCAGCUAGUCAUUGAAGGCUGCAUGCUCGGCCUGCUUCUUUGGAGCCGUCCAUACGAGCGUCGCUCUGGCAACGUUUUGAACAUCAUCAUUCAAACAAUUCGCGUUCUCUCCGUCGCCUGCAUCCUCAUCUUUGUCGAAGAAUUUGGCAUUGCUCAGACCACCAAAACUGUCACUGGCCUCGUCUUGAUUAUCGUUCAGUCAACCCUCACCGGUCUCCUCGCCAUCCUCGUCGCCUGGAAUGCCAUCAGCGCCUGCAUCACUGCCAACCCCCAUCGUUUGCGCAGAAAAGAGAUGGAAAAACGUAACCGCGAGCUUGAUACUCUUACGCCUCUUGAUGCCCACAACUCGCUUCUCAUUCGGCCAGGCAGUGGCAAAUCCUUCUAUUCGAUAUCUUCUGUCGAGCAAGAGAAACACCAGGCAAAUGCUGCGCACACCAACGUUCCCAAUCCGUACUCGUACUACAACCGCCAAACCGAUGAUGGUGACCGCCUUCCGGAGGCUCCCGAACCCUACCGCGAUGAGCCGACGAGGGAUUUGACACACAGCGAGCAACGCACUUAUGGCCACGCCCGGCAGCCUACGUUCCCCGACCUGGAAAAUGGUGGCUACCGCGGUGUACCACAGACAAACCCCGGCUAUAGCCGUUGGUGA